AUUUGAAUCAACGAGAAAUGGAGAAGACGAUCGAGGUCCGAAGCCUCGAUGGACGAUCGGUCACUAUCUCCAUCUCCUGUGACCGCUCCAUCGUCGACCUGAAGGCUAAGCUUAUGGAUUCAUUCCUCCCAGCGAAGAACUCUCCUCAUUUCCACCUUUUCUUCAAGGGUUCAAAGUUGAGCUUAGAUAGUCGUGUGGGGAGCCAUUCCAUUGAACACGGUGAAUUCAUGGUUCUCAUUCCUUAUAUAAAGAAAUCUCAGCAAAGCGCGGUGGAAUAUGGUCAAUCAGGGAGUAGAACGCCAAAUGUCUCCACUGAUAGAGUAGCAGUAUCUGCAGCCGACUCUACUUGGCACGAUAUCAUGAACGAUCUUUCUUCUUUUUCAGCCAUGCAAGCUGAGAUAACAAAAACUGAUAACAGACACUCAAAGCGAUUAUAUUGUGAGGAAGGGGGGACUUCAUUGGGUGAAAGCCGCAGAAAGACUUACUCGGAUAGAGCAUGCAAGAGAAAAUUGGAUGACAAUCAUGCCCUUCACGAAGUGCUAUGCUCUGAUGCCCAAAAUAUAUCCGACAAACAAGUCAGCAGCAUAAUUCGUGGUGUUUUAGAGUCGGUGAAUUGUUUGUCCAAGGCUAAUUCAAGCGGUUGCUUGUUGUUUGAAGAAUAUUAUAAAUCCACUGGUGUUGUACAGAGUUGUGUUUGCCCUUCUUGGCUGAAGAGAGUAUUGAAAAUUUUUAUGUUUGUAAAUAUUAUGUAUGCUUUUGUUCAAAGGCAAAAGAAAUGCUUCACUUGGGAGUGCAUUGACAAAGCACUUAUGCAAUCAAAUAUAUUUGGUCUGGAAAAUGCUUGCAUGACAGAUGUUAAAAGCCUUCCACUUCUUUGUCCAAAGAUGAUAAUAUCUCUUUGUGAAGAUGAAAGAUUUCUGGACAAAUUGGACACUGCCACUCUGAUAUGUAUCUCCGCCAAUGGUCAACAUGCAGUAAGAAAUACAGAUAUAUUUGCAGCAAACAAAAAAGCCCCAAUUUCAUCAAUUGUUCGUGCAUUUGGUCGAAGGAGUGUUAUCUUCAUGUCAGAGUUAUGGAAAGCUAUUAAAUGUUGCAUGGAGAUAAAACUGGCAAGUGGCAUGUCACUGCUGUUGCCUCUAGAGGAAAGCGUUUUGAUGCAGGAUGUAAUUGCUGCUGUUGUUUCAGAAGGAAGUGGAUCUGUGACACUCAGGAAAAUGUCAUCAUUGUGUCGUAGUAGGCAACUCCUGGAACCUGCUGAGAUGGUUGAACAUCUCAGAAAAGGCAUUGGUAAACAAGGACAGCUUGUACAUGUGGAAUUUAUAGAUGCCAAAGAAGCUGUCUAUGCCAAAUUCCAUACUGAUCUAUCAGAAGCACUAACAUCGACACUCAAAGGGUUUGGAAUAACCAUGUUAUACAGCCAUCAGGUUGAAUCUCUACUUGCUUCCCUGUCAGGGAAGAAUGUUGUAGUGGCCACAUCUACUUCCAGUGGGAAAUCUCUUUGCUACAAUAUUCCUGUUCUUGAAGCACUAUCAAAGAAUACAAUGUCAUGUGCACUAUAUAUGUUCCCCACAAAGGCAUUAGCUCAAGACCAGUUGAGAACUCUACUGAAAAUGAUAGAUGGCUUGAAUAUAGGGCUAAAUGUUGGUAUUUAUGAUGGUGACACAUCCCAAGAAAAUCGUAAGCUGAUAAGAGAUGAUGCUAGACUGUUGAUUACAAAUCCAGAUAUGUUACACAUGUCUAUCUUGCCAUUUCAUGGGCAAUUUAAGCGAAUUUUAUCAAAUCUCAGGUAUGUUGUGAUUGAUGAAACUCAUACAUAUAAAGGAGCAUUUGGUUGUCAUACUGCUUUCAUACUUAGGAGACUGCAGAGAAUAUGUUCUCAUGUAUAUGGUAGUGAUCCGUCCUUCAUAUUUUGCACUGCAACCUCAGCAAAUCCACGUGAGCAUGCCAUGGAGCUUGGCAACUUGCAGACACUAGAGCUGGUUCAAAAUGAUGGAAGUCCUCGCAGUCCAAAAUAUUUCAUUUUAUGGAACCCUCCAUUAUAUUUGGAACAAAAGGCAUUCAGAGGCAUGAAAAAUAAUAACCCUAUGAUGCCUGAUAGAAAAUCAAGACGUUCAAGCCCAAUUCUAGAGGUCUCUUAUCUCCUGGCAGAAAUGGUUCAACAUGGACUUCGCUGCAUUGCCUUUUGCAAGACUCGGAAAUUAUGUGAAUUAACUCUCUGUUACACGCGUGAGAUACUUAAUUCAACUGCAAAUGAUCUGGUGAAAGCCAUAUGUGUUUAUCGUGCUGGAUAUUCUCCGCAGGAGAGAAGGAGAAUCGAGGCUGAUAUUUCUGAGGGCAGGAUUCUGGGUGUUGCAGCAACCAAUGCACUUGAGGUUGGAAUCGAUAUAGGCCAUAUUGAUGCUACCAUACAUCUUGGUUUUCCUGGUACUGUUGCAAGCUUAUGGCAGCAAGCUGGGAGGUCUGGAAGAAGAUCAAGACCAUCACUAGCCGUAUAUGUUGCAUUUGAAGGACCUUUGGAUCAAUAUUUCAUGAAAUUCCCUAAUAAGCUCUUUGGAAGGCCAAUGGAGCUGUGCCAAGUCGACGCCCAUAACCAGAAAGUACUAGAGCAGCACAUUGCUUGUGCUGCUUUUGAACUUCCUUUAUGUUUGCAGUAUGAUGAAAAAUAUUUUGGUUCUGGUCUCAACUCUGCAAUCAUUUCCCUAAGGAACAAAGGGUAUUUGUGUAAUGAUGCAUAUGAUGUUUCUUCUCCAAACUCAUGGAACUAUAUCGGACCUGAUGGUAUGCCAUCACGUGCUGUUACUAUAAGGGCAGUUGAAACUAUCAAAUACAAAGUGGUGGAGUGUUUAAGCAAUGAAGUGCUUGAAGAAAUUGAAGAAAGCAAGGCCUUCUUCCAGAUAUACGAUGGUGCUGUUUACAUGCAUCAAGGUGAUACAUAUCUCGUUAAUUAUUUGGAUCUAUCAACAAAAGUUGCCUUCUGUCAAAGGGCUGAUUUGAAAUACUACACCAAGACCAGAGAUUACACAGAUGUGCAUGUGGCUGGAGGUGAACUUGCCUAUCUGCCAGUAAAGGCAUCCUGUUAUGUAAAGACUACUGCCCAAACACGUCCUUGCACAGUUACCACUAAAUGGUUUGGUUUUUAUCGCAUAUGGCGAUCAAAUAACCAGAUUUUCGAUAAAGAUGAGCUUAGUCUACCAGAAUUUUCAUUUGAAUCAGAGCAGGCAGUUUGGAUAUGUGUUUCUCAAUCAAUAAAGUCUUCUUUGGAGAAACAACAACUCCCAUUCCGGCCAGGCUUGCACGCAGCCUCCCAUGCUCUUCUUAAUGUGGUGCCCUUGUAUAUCAUGUGCAAUGCGACCGACUUGGCUACAGAAUGUGUUAACCCUCAUGAAAAGAGAGCUUUUUCUGAAAGAUUAUUGCUGUAUGAUCGACAUCCUGGCGGUAUUGGUAUCACAAAAAAGGUUCAGUUGCUUUUUAGGGAACUCCUUACAGCAGCAUUGGAACUAGUCUCAACUUGCAAUUGCCUGUCUAGUUCUGGUUGUCCGAAUUGUAUUCAGGCACUUUCCUGUAGUGAAUACAAUGAAGUUCUACACAAGGAUGCUGCAAUUUUGAUUCUUAAGAGUGUCAUUCAAGCUGAAAUGUCUUACUUUGAAGGGAGAGAAGAUUCUUCUAACAACUUCACUGCCGUUUAGUUGAGUCUCCACUACUCUUGUUGCAAUCGCUACAAUGCAUGAUGAGAGCAAAACUAGCAGGAAUUUGCACGACACAGCGCUUCAAAUAAGUGCCUUCUGCAGCAACUGCUUGCUCAAUCAAAUCAUCAUCGAAUGACAUCAAAAGAGCCAACUGAUCUUGUCAAGGACUUCUCAGUCCUUCGACAACAUGGCGUCUUUAGGAUGAGCAAAAGCUUCAAGAUGCUUCUUCGCCUGUGUUACUUUACUCGAGACUCUAGUGUUCAGAACUUGUAUAUUGUACUAUCUUGGAUUUCAAUCAAAAGAUUUUUGCACUAAAAA